AUGAGGAUUCCUGUAGAGAUUGCCAAAGGUAGCACUAUUGAUGAUCACAAAGAGGAGAUAUUCCAAAUUCUUCAGGGAGAUAGAAGGGUCAUAUAUUUUCAUGGUUGGGAUGGAAUCGGGGCAUCUGUUUUCCUUAGAUCCAUAGCAGAAGUGCUCUCAUCUACGAGAAGCACCCCGGAACUAUGCUUUGAUAGAAUAAUUCAUAUAGAUUGUUCUGAUUGGAAAAAUAGAAGAGGAUUGCAGAGGGCAAUCGCAGAGGAACUGGAGCUUGAAAGCUCAAUAAUGGAUGUUCUUGAUAAGGAGGAUGAAGAGGAUGAUUUUUACGGAGUUGAUGAAAGCUCUAGGAAAGAGAUAAAAAGUGUGUCAACAGAGAUCAAUAAUAUUCUGAUAAACAGCAGAUUUGCAUUGAUUUUUCACAAUGGUAGUGACAACGAGGUUGCUGACCUACUCAACUGUGGUGUUCCUUGGAUUACAAGUUUUAGUAACAAUGUGAUGAUAUGGACCCACAAAAGAAGGAUGUUGACCAUAAAAAAAUACGAACAAGAUGAACUACUACAUGAACUGAGGUACACUCAUCUUUUUGUUUAUGAUAGGAUGGAGUAUCUAGCAAGUGGACAGUUGUAUGCACUACUGUGUAAAGAGGCUGACAUCAUAGUUGCUUGCAAUCCAUGCAUCCAAGGAGUCAAUCAAACAAUGGUUGUCAAUUGUUCUUUGUACAAACUAUUCCUGCAAUGUAGUAUUUCCAAGAAUAAUUCUAAUUGGGUUGAUGUUGCAUCCAACUAUUGGAUAUGUGAUGGAAUACUAGAAAAAGAUAUAACAUUGGAGACAAGUGUUGCAUUGCACAGAGAAAUAACCUGGAAUUGUGAUGAUAAUGUGCUCACAAAGUUGAAGAGACAUUUCGAGCUUCCUUUCCUCAUAGUGAAAGAAAAUGAUGUGUAUGAAGAAGGAUCAUACCGUUGGAUUUCAGUCACAUCGAAGGAUAGAGAAAUGCUUGGUAUGAAAACUUUACCUGCAGAGACAUCAUCAUUCUUCUUGGAAUUUGUAAUGUCCGAUCAGCCAACAAUGUUACCAAAUGGUUUGUUUGAACAUUCCAACAACCUUGGUGUGCUAUUCCUCUGUUGUUGUGCCUUCAAUUUUGCAUCACCUCCUUUCUUAAAAUGCCAUAGCCUAAGAUUCCUUGGUCUGGACAACUGUACAAAUGACAAAACAGGUGAAGGAAAGGAUCAUACUGAGUGGGUUUGUCUGCAUAGCUUAUGGGUGUUGGACCUACGCUACACUGACUGGAAUGAAAUCUUAUCACCGGCAAAGAUGGACCUCAUGGAUAACCUCGUGGAGCUAAGCAUGGAGGGGGUCUGGUGUUGGCAGUACACAACUUGCUUACCAGGGCGACUACCUAACCUUCAAAGGCUCAGGGUAAUCAAGCCUACAAGUGGACCAGAUAUUUCACCAGACGCAUGCAACUCCUUCAUGGACAAGGCAAAGCUGGAAAUACUUGACCUGUCUGGCAACAAUGAGAUGGAAAUUCUACCAAACAGCCUAUCUAAGGCAAGUGUCCUUCAAGUGCUUAUUCUGGAUGGAUGCAACAAUGUUAAAAAUGUCCUUGUGCCUGAUGGGCUACCCCAGUUGCUGAAGUCCUUUAGUUUUGAUGGUUAUGGGCCAGCUUUCCACCGAGCGCCAAUUGUUAAGCUACCUCCCAAACAAGAACGCCCAUCAACUCCAGCAAUUAAGGAGGGUGCUAGUGUCUCUAAUAUUUCCCUCAAAGGUUGCUCACAAUUGGCACAUAUGUUCGUGCGUGGGUUGCCCAACCUCGUUGAGCUUGACCUCUCUGGAACUGCAAUUAGGACACUUGAUUUCACUACUAUGGUGGUAGAAGUUCCAAUGCUGAAGCGAUUAUUUCUGCUAGGAUGUGAGCACCUUCGUGCAAUAAUUUGGGACAGGGAUAGUGAUAGCUUCCGUUUGAAAUUGUUAUGCAUAGAUACGCGAGCUGGAACUGGCUUUCUUCGACCGUGCAUUGACCAGAACAAAUCGUUUCAGCUGGAGGUGCACGCCAUUGUUGUGGAUGCGAGGCUUGCUCGGUCGUUGUGGCUACUAUUAUAUAAUCAUUAUGCAGCUGAGGAUGUUUAUCUUAGUAUCCAUGUCACCUCAGCUGUGUAUAGUGGGCCAAAUCAAUCCAAAGUGACAUACAAAGAGAAGAAGAUUGACAUAUAUGGAGAUCAAGUCAGCCUGCCGCAGCUUGUUCAAGCAGACAGAUACAGUGAUGUUCAAAGCAUGGUUGGUGAUAUCCCGAUGCGGGCCUUCCCUAAGCCUCCGACUAACAACCUGGAUCGGCAAAUCGAGAUUUCUAAAAGGGUGGCAUGUCAUGGACAGUGGACUGCGAGAUGUCAUGAAGCGGUUUGCCGAAUCCCUGCAUGUCCAUGA